AUGAGUCAACAUUACCCACCUCCGCCAGCACCUUCACAGCCCUAUUAUUCUCAGACGGACCAGCAAUAUUACCAACCUCAGACAGGAAGGUAUUCACCGGUUCCACAAUAUCAACCACCCGCGUAUGAGCAGGGAUCAUUUCGUGGCUCGAUAGCAGAAAAGUGGAAUCCAAACCCAAAAUAUCAAGGCAUGUGUGGAAUUCGAUUAAUAUUUCCUGAAACGCGGCUUAUAGACAACAAUGAACUUGGAAAGGGGAAUAAUUUUUUUAACCCUGAAAUAAUUCCACCAUUUGUUAUUUCUGGAGUGAUUGGGCUUAUUUUGAGUGUUAUUUAUCUGCUUUUAAUGCAAAGGUUUCCACAACCUCUUAUUAGAAUAACAUUAUAUCUGUCGAUUGCCACAUAUUUUAUUGCCGCUGCAGUCUUUUUCUUAAUUCGCUCAUAUUUUUUGUCAAUUAUUUUUGUAAUUUUUGGAGUAUUAUAUUUAAUCGCCGCCUUUAGUUGGCGUAACCGUAUUCCUUUUGCGGCAAUUAUGUUGGAGACAGUUGUAAGCAUCACAAGAAAAUAUUAUGGUGUCAUUUUAAUGGGUUUUAUAGGAUUAAUAGUUCAGGUGGGAUGGUCGUUCUUAUGGAUUUUGAGUCUAAUUGGAGCUUAUGAACAUUUUGACUCGGUGUUUUGUACUGUUAAGAAUAAUAAUCAAAAGUCCUGUAGCGUUGGCCUCUACCUAAUAUUAGUAUAUUUGGUUUUCAGUUUCUAUUGGACAAGUCAGGUCAUAAAGACUAUUGUUCAUGUUACUGCCUCAGGAGUUUAUGCAACAUAUUAUUUCCUUGAAGGCACUCCUCAAGGAACAGGCACUACUCCAACUCUUAGCUCGUUUAAGCGUGCAACUACAACCUCUAUAGGUAGCGUUUGUUUCGGAAGUUUAAUCAUUGCACUCCUUAAUACUGCUAGAGCAGUGUUACAAAGUUUUGCGAAUAGUGAUGAAGGUGUCUGCGGAUUUCUUGCACUCUGUAUCGCUUGCUUGUUGGCAUGGAUCGAGUCUCUUGUUGAAUACUUUAAUUUUUACGCUUAUGUUCAAGUCGCGAUAUAUGGUAAAUCUUACUGUCAAGCUGCCAAAGAUACUUGGACCUUGAUCAAAGAUCGUGGUAUUGAAGCUAUCAUAAACGAUGAUCUUAUUGGAAAUGUGUUAACUAUGGGCUCCCUUUUAAUUGGUGUUCUUUGUGGAUUACUUGGAUUCGUUUACAUUUACCUUUUCAUAACCCAUUUAUUAACGGACAAUCCGACUUUAAUAAUUAUAUUUGUACUAAUCUGUUUUGUAAUUGGUUUUAUGAUGUGUGUGGUUAUUACUGAUGCCAUCAGCUCUGGUGUCUCAACUACCUUCGUUGCUUUGGCUGAAGAUCCAGAUGCGUUAAGAAGAACCAAACCUUUGUUAUUUGAGAGAAUUCGACAGCAGUGGCCCCGUGUUGUCCAAGGAAUUUAA